AUGACGAAGAGAACUAAAAAGGUUGGUGUGACCGGUAAAUAUGGCGUUCGUUAUGGUGCUUCUUUGCGUCGUGACGUCCGCAAGAUUGAGGUUCAGCAACAUGCUCGUUAUCAAUGCCCUUUCUGCGGUCGUAACACUGUGAAACGCUCUGCUGCUGGCAUCUGGAACUGCCACGGUAAGGCUUGUGGUAAGGCUAUGGCCGGUGGUGCUUGGACUGUCACUACUCCUGCUGCCACUAGUGCUCGCUCCACUAUUCGCCGUCUUCGUGAAAUGGUCGAAGUCUAA